CUAAAACCCAUUUUCCUACAACUGCGAAAGAUCAUUCUUCAUUCUCAUCAACCACCAUGAACUUCACAAGAAACAUUGAUUUACUUUUGUUCUUGAUUAUGCUAGCAAUCACACACUCUACUUCUCAAUCAACCACCGCUGGCGAUGUGAUCACCAUCACAAAAGCCGUUAACGUAGCCAAACCCGGCUGCCAAAGCCAGUGUGGAAACGUAACUAUUCCAUACCCUUUUGGGAUCGGUCCAGGUUGCUUUCUAGGCGAAUGGUUCGAAAUCACCUGCAACACUAGUUUUAAUCCUCCGAGAACCCAAAUUGGCCGUCUCCAACUCCUGGAAUUCACUGAUUACACUUUCCGGUUAGCCAACAGAGUUGCAAGCCAAUGUUACGAUCCAUUCGGAAACAUCACCGAAGACAAUCCGGCCCGCACAAGUGUUGGCGAGGCAUCACCUUUUUCAUUUUCACAAAAGAAUCAGUUCACCUUAAUUGGGUGUGAUGACUUCGCCUUAUUCUUAGACCCUGUAAUAGCAAACUUCACUAGUGGCUGCAUUGCACUGUGUUCAAAACCUGAAGAAGUGGUCAAUGGGUCAUGUUCGGGUGUCGGGUGCUGCCAAACAUCGAUCCCAAAGGGACUCAAGUAUUACUACACUUCUGUCGAUAGUAUGACAAAUAGCAACCACACAAAAAUCUGGUCUUUCGAUCCUUGUACCUACUCGUUUUUGGGUGAGAAAGAACGGUUUACGUUUAAUGGGGUGUCGGAUUUUAUGGACCCCAAUUUCAGGAACCGGACCAUGGCUAGUGUUCCUAUGUUGGUUGAUUGGGUGGUCGGGAACUUGAGCUGUAGCGAGGCUAGAAGUGCUGGUGUGUUGGCUUGUCAAGCGAAUAGCGAGUGUGUUGAUUCGGAUACUGGAGUUCCAGGAUAUAGAUGCAUUUGCAAUAAUGGUUAUCAGGGUCAGCCUUAUCUAGAGCCAGGUUGCCAAGACAUCAAUGAAUGUGAGGAUCCUAAUAAUCUUUGUGACGGGGUUUGUACGAAUACGCCUGGCAAUUAUACGUGUAGUUGUCAAGAUGGGUACGUUGGAGACGGCCUGAAAAGAGGGCGUGGUUGUACGAAGAAAAAUUCAGAGUUUCCUGUUAUAAAGUUCUCUUUAGGUAUGGGGUUUGGUUUCUUGGCCAUUUUAAUAGGAAUAACGUGGCUCUACUUUGUCUUCAAGAAAAGGAACCUUGUUAAGCUUAGACAGAAGUUUUUUCAACAAAACGGUGGCCUGCUACUCAAACAACGUAUUACGAACAAUGAAGGAAACGUCGAUUCAACUAAGGUCUUCACCGCACUAGAGUUAGAAAAAGCCACCAACAAUUAUGCAGAAGACCGGAUCUUGGGCCGUGGUGGUUACGGGAUUGUAUACAAAGGCAUUCUGACUGAUCAUCGAGUCGUUGCAAUAAAGAAAUCACGAGUUGUGGAUGAAACCCAAAUCGAAUUAUUCAUCAACGAAGUGAUUAUCUUGACAAAAGUUAACCAUCGGAAUGUGGUGAAGCUUUUGGGAUGUUGUUUAGAGACUGAGGUUCCAUUAUUGGUAUAUGAGUAUGUAUCUAACGGAACUCUUUUUAAUCAUAUUCAUGGGAAAGGAACCAUGACUUGGUUAUCGUGGGAGAAUCGUCUAAGAGUAGCAGCAGAAGCCGCUGGUGCACUUUCGUACCUUCAUUCCGCUACAUCAAACCCUGUGAUCCAUAGAGAUGUGAAAUCAGCGAACAUUUUAUUAGAUGAUAAUUACAUCACAAAGAUGGCGGAUUUUGGGGCUUCAAGAUUAGUCCCACUCGAUCAAACACAAGUGACCACGCUAGUUCAAGGAACAUUAGGGUACUUAGAUCCUGAGUACUUUCACACUAGUCAGUUAACAGAAAAGAGUGAUGUUUACAGCUUUGGAGUGGUACUUGCUGAGCUUUUAACUGGGAAGAAGCCGUUGUGUAUGGAACAGACAGAAGAAGAACGAAAUUUAGCGAGUUAUUUCAUUAUGUCUUUAAAAGAAGACCAUUUGUUUCAGAUUCUGGAACCUAGAGUUGUAAGGGAGGGUACCCUAGAACAACUUCAACAAAUUGGCGAGCUUGUGAAAAGAUGUCUUAGUCUCACGGCCGAUGAGCGACCAACAAUGAAAGAAGUGGCGAAUUAUCUUGAAGGGUUACGUAAGUUUACUCAACAUCCAUGGGUGAGCCGACAUGGUGAUGAAGAGAAUGCAAACUUGUUAAAUGCUGAGGGCCAAGAAACCGACCUUUAUGAAGAAUCGAUAAACCCGUACUCAAGUACCGACGAAAUUUCUUCUGGUUUUACUAACAAUAGUGGUCUUAUGUAUCCUUCAAAUAUUCUCCGCUGAUUUAUUUCAUUAUGGUUCUAGAACUGAAGGCUCAUUAGAUGAUGGAGUUGUUUCAGUAUUUAGUGCUACGAGAGGAAAUACUUAUUAUACUUUAAUAAUAAGAAACAUAAUGAACAGUGCCUGGACACGUGGUCACGCACUUUUUUUUAACUA